AUGAUGGUGGAUUGCCAGAGCUCCACGCAGGAGAUCGGUGAGGAGCUGGUCAACGGCGUUGUCUACUCCAUCUCGCUGCGCAAGGUGCAGGUGCCGCCGGCGGCCGGCAAGGGCCCACGCCGGCUCGGGGGUGAAAACGAGUCGGCCCUGAGCCUGUACGAGACCUGCAAGGUGCGCGCGGUGAAGGCGGGCACGCUGGAGAAGCUGGUGGAGCACCUGGUGCCCGCCUUCCAGGGCAGCGACCUGUCCUACGUCACCAUCUUCCUGUGCACCUACCGCACCUUCACCACCACCCAGCAGGUCCUGGACCUGCUCUUCAAACGAUACGGAUGCAUCCUCCCCUACGCCCAGGAGGACGGCGGGUCCCAGGAGCGCCUGAGGAACGCCAUCUCCUCCAUCCUGGGCACCUGGCUGGACCAGUACUCGGAGGACUUCAACCAGCCACCGGGCUUCCCCUGCCUCAAGCAGCUGGUGGCCUACGUGCAGCUCAACAUGCCGGGCUCGGACCUGGAGCGCCGCGCGCACCUGCUCCUGGCCCAGCUGGAGAGCGCGGAGCCCGCCGAGGCCGAGCUGGAGGCCCCAUCGCCUGCUCCAGCCCCAUCGCCAGCUCCAGCCCCAUCGCCAGCCCCAUCGCCAGCCCCAGCCCCAUCGCCAGCUCCAGCCCCAUCGCCAGCCCCUUCGCCACCUUCAGCUCCAGCACCUGCUCCAGCGCCUGCUCCAGCGCCAGCGCCAGCGCCCAGUCCGGCGCCCGCUCUGGUGCUCAGCCCGGUGCUGGCCUCAGAGCAGGAGCUCGUGCCGGCUGGAGAGCCUGAGUCCGCCCGCCAGCCAGCUCCAGAGCGAGAGCCAGCCCCGGGACCCACUCCCACAGCCGCCCCGGAGCCGGAGCCCCCCUGGCCUUCGCCGGUGGCUGCGGAGAACGGGCUGCGUGAGGAGAGGCCUCACCUCCUGGCGUUCCCUCCCGACCUGGUGGCCGAGCAGUUCACCCUGAUGGACGCGGAGCUGUUCAAGAAGGUGGUGCCCUACCACUGCCUGGGCUCCAUCUGGUCCCAGCGCGACAAGAAGGGCAGAGAGCACCUGGCCCCCACCGUGCGGGCCACCGUCAGCCAGUUCAACAGCGUGGCCAACUGCGUCAUCACCACCUGCCUGGGGGGCCGCAGCGCCUCGGCCCGGGCCCGGGCCCGGGUGCUGGAGCACUGGAUCGAGGUGGCCAGGGAGUGCCGGGUCCUCAAGAACUUCUCGUCCCUCUACGCCAUCCUCUCCGCGCUGCAGAGCAACUCCAUCCACCGGCUGAAGAAGACAUGGGAGGAGGUGUCCAGGGACAGCGUGCGGGUCUUCCAGAAGCUGUCGGAGAUCUUCUCGGACGAGAACAACUACUCGCUGAGCCGAGAGCUGCUGGUCAAGGAGGGCACCUCCAAGUUUGCCACGCUGGAGAUGAACCCCAAGAGGGCCCAGAAGCGGCCGAAGGAGACGGGUGUCAUCCAGGGCACCAUUCCCUACCUGGGCACCUUCCUCACGGACCUGGUGAUGCUGGACACGGCCAUGAAGGACUACCUGUAUGGGAGACUGAUCAACUUCGAGAAGAGGAGGAAGGAAUUCGAAGUGAUCGCCCAGAUCAAGCUGCUGCAGUCCGCCUGCAACAACUACAGCAUCGAGCCCGAGGGCCAGUUCGGGGCCUGGUUCCGGGCCGUGGCGCGACUCAGCGAGGCCGAGAGCUACAGCCUGUCCUGUGAGCUGGAGCCCCCCUCCGAGUCGGCCAGCAACACCCUGAAGGCCAGGAAGAGCACGGCCAUCGUCAAGCGCUGGAGCGACCGCCAGGCCCCCAGCACGGAGCUGAGCACCGGCGGCAGCUCGCACUCCAAGUCCUGCGACCAGCUCCGGUGCAGCCCCUACCUCGGCGGCGGGGACAUGGCCGACAAGCUCAGCGUGCACUCGGCCGGCUCCUCCAGCUCCGACGUGGAGGAGAUCACCAUGAGCUUCGUCCCGGAGUCCCCCGACGGCCAGGAGAAGAAGUUCUGGGAGGCGGCCAUGCAGUCGUCCCCGGAGACCUCCGGCAUCAGCUCGGCGUCCAGCAGCGCCUCCUCCUCCUCGGCCUCCACCACGCCCGUGGCCAGCGCCCGCGCCCACAAGCGCUCCGUCUCGGGGGUCAGCGGCCACGGCGCCUCGCUGCCGCUCUACAACCAGCAGGUGGGCGACUGCUGCAUCAUCCGGGUCAGCCUGGACGUGGACAACGGCAACAUGUACAAGAGCGUCCUGGUGACCAGCCAGGACAAGGCCCCGGCCGUCAUCCGCAAGGCCAUGGACAAGCACCACCUGGACGAGGAGCAGCCGGAGCACUACGAGCUGGUGCAGGUCAUCUCGGACGAGAGAAAGCUGAAGAUCCCGGACAACGCCAACGUGUUCUACGCCAUGAACUCCACCGCCAACUACGACUUUGUCCUGAAGAGGCGGGCCUUCGCCAAGGGGGCCAAGGUCCGGCACGGCGCCAGCUCCACGCUGCCCCGUGUGAAGCAGAAGGGGCUCCGCCUUGCCAAGGGCAUCUUCUAG